AUGCUGGAGGUGCAAGUUCAGGCUCCUGUAACCAAACUGAAUGAAGGUGUGUGCCUGCCCAAUGUGCAGCAGAGCCAAACACUGAACAUCGAGGUUUGCAGUGGAGAAAUUGGAGCUGUUUAUUUGCAGGGUGCCAAGCAAAGGAAAUGGGAAGCUGUCACUUUCAAUCAAGGGGAAGCCCAAUCUGAAGCAGCAGCAAAAGUUGGAGUCAUUCGAUGUCCAGUUUGUAGCCAAGAAUGCGCAGAGCGACACAUCAUAGAUAAUUUUUUUGUGAAGGAUACUACUGAGGUUCCCAGUAGUACAGUAGAAAAAUCUAAUCAGGUAUGUACAAGCUGUGAGGACAAUGCAGAAGCUAAUGGGUUUUGUGUAGAGUGUGUUGAAUGGCUCUGUAAGACAUGCAUCAGAGCUCAUCAAAGGGUGAAGUUCACAAAAGACCAUACUGUGAGGCAGAAAGAGGAAGUAUCUCCAGAAGCAGUUGGUGUGACCAGUCAGCGACCAGUAUUUUGUCCCUUUCAUAAGAAGGAGCAGCUAAAGCUUUACUGUGAAACAUGCGACAAACUGACAUGUCGGGAUUGCCAGUUAUUAGAACAUAAAGAGCAUAGAUAUCAAUUUAUAGAAGAAGCUUUUCAGAAUCAGAAAGUGAUCAUAGAUACACUAAUCACCAAAUUGAUGGAAAAAACAAAGUACAUCAAAUUCACAGGAAAUCAGAUCCAGAACAGGAUAAUUGAAGUAAAUCAAAAUCAAAAGCAAGUGGAACAAGAUAUUAAAGUUGCUAUAUUUACAUUGAUGGUAGAAAUAAAUAAAAAAGGAAAAGCUCUACUGCAUCAGCUUGAGAGCCUGGCGAAGGACCAUCGCAUAAAACUUAUGCAACAACAACAGGAAGUGGCUGGACUUUCUAAACAGUUGGAACAUGUCAUGCAUUUUUCUAAAUGGGCAGUUUCCAGUGGCAGCAGUACAGCACUACUUUAUAGCAAGCGACUGAUUACAUACCGGUUACGGCAUCUCCUUCGAGCAAGGUGUGAUGCUUCCCCAGUGACCAACAAUAUCAUCCAAUUUCACUGUGAUCCUGGUUUCUGGGCUCAAAAUAUUAUCAAUUUAGGUUCUUUAGUAAUUGAAGAUAAAGAGAGUCAACCACAAAUGCCUAAGCAGAAUCCUGUCAUGGAACAGAAUUCACAGCCACAAGGUGGUUUAUCUUCAAACCAGUUAUCCAAGUUUCCAACACAGAUCAGCCUAGCUCAGUUACGACUCCAGCAUAUGCAGCAACAGGUAAUGGCUCAGAGGCAACAGGUGCAACGGAGGCCAGCACCUAUGGGUUUACCAAACCCUAGAAUGCAGGGGCCCAUCCAGCAACCUUCCAUCUCUCAUCAGCAACCCCCUCCGCGUUUGAUAAAUUUUCAGAAUCACAGCCCCAAACCCAGUGGACCAGUUCUCCCUCCUCAUUCUCAACAGCUGAGAUAUCCACCAACCCAGAAUAUGCCACGGCAAGCAAUAAAGCCCAAUCCCCUACAGAUGGCUUUCUUGGCUCAACAAGCGAUAAAACAGUGGCAGAUUAGCAGUGGGCAGGCCCCCCCAUCAACUGCCAAUAGCACAUCCUCUACUCCUUCCAGUCCCACCAUUACUAGUGCAGCAGGAUAUGAUGGAAAGGCUUUUGGUUCACCUAUGAUUGAUUUGAGCUCACCAGUGGGAGGUUCCUAUAAUCUUCCUUCUCUGCCAGAUAUUGACUGUUCAGGUACUAUUAUGCUGGACAAUAUUGUGAGGAAGGAUACUAGCAUAGAUCAUGGCCAGCCAAGACCACCCUCAAACAGGACUGUCCAGUCACCAAAUUCAUCAGUGCCAUCUCCAGGUCUUGCAGGACCUGUUACUAUGACUAGUGUACACCCGCCAAUACGUUCACCUAGUGCCUCGAGCGUUGGGAGUCGAGGAAGCUCUGGCUCUUCUAGCAAACCAGCAGGAGCUGACUCUACACACAAAGUCCCAGUGGUCAUGUUGGAGCCAAUCCGAAUAAAACAAGAAAAUGGUGGACCACCGGAAAAUUAUGAUUUUCCUGUUGUGAUAGUGAAACAAGAAUCAGAUGAAGAAACUAGGCCUCAAAAUACCAACUAUCCAAGAAGCAUACUGACCUCCCUGCUCUUAAAUAGUAGUCAGACCUCUGCUUCUGAGGAGUCUGUGCUCAGGUCAGAUGCCCCUGAUAGCACAGGAGAUCAACCUGUACUUCACCAGGAAAAUUCCUCAAAUGGAAAGUCUUCGUGGCUGGAUGCCUCCCAAAAAUCACCUCUUCAUGUUGGAGAGGCAAGGAAAGAAGAUGACCCCAAUGAGGACUGGUGUGCAGUUUGUCAGAAUGGAGGGGAACUCCUGUGCUGUGAGAAGUGUCCCAAAGUAUUUCAUCUUUCUUGUCAUGUGCCCACAUUGGCAAAUUUUCCAAGUGGAGAGUGGAUUUGCACUUUCUGCCGAGACUUAUCCAAACCAGAAGUUGAAUAUGAUUGUGAUGCUCCCAGUCACAACUCAGAAAAAAAGAAAACUGAAAGUCUUGGUAAAUUAACACCAAUAGAUAGAAGGAAGUGUGAACGCCUACUUUUAUUUCUAUAUUGCCAUGAAAUGAGCCUAGCUUUUCAAGAUCCAGUUCCUCUAACUGUGCCUGAUUAUUACAAAAUAAUUAAAAAUCCAAUGGACUUGUCAACUAUCAAGAAAAGACUACAAGAAGAGUAUUACAUGUAUACAAAGCCUGAGGAUUUUGUAGCUGACUUUAGAUUAAUCUUUCAAAACUGUGCUGAAUUCAAUGAGCCUGAUUCAGAAGUAGCCAGUGCUGGUAUAAAGCUUGAAAGCUAUUUUGAAGAACUUCUAAAGAACCUUUAUCCAGAAAAACGGUUUCCUAAACUUGAAUUCAGGAAUGAAUCAGAAGAUAAUAAAUUUAGUGAUGACUCAGAUGAUGACUUUGUACAGCCCCGGAAGAAACGCCUCAAAAGUGUAGAGGAUCGCCAGUUGCUUAAAUAAGCAGCACCAUUGGCAUGUGCUGGUUUUUCCGCUUUCAAAAAUUAUUUUGUAAAUAAUUUAACAUCAUUACAAAGAAGAGUUUGUGACAAUGCUGAUCUAUAAUUUUUUGAUGUUUACUAGAUUUUGAUUUUCUUAACCCAUUUUUUUAACCUUCUGAUUAAUAAAGUAAGUAAAAAAGGGAGGGAAGGAGAGAGAAAGAAGAAAGAAGCACCAACAACAAAAUAAGACAUUGUUCCUACUUUCUGGAUUUCAAAACUGUAAUCUGGAAUGAUAACUGCUAUAGAAAGGAAAUAGAAUUUGUAUGCAUUCUCAGUUGAAAUUUUAAUGUGGUCUGGAUGUGUGCAUUAAUCCAUUUUAGAAAAUACCACUACUAAUUAAUUGUGGCCCAACCAUGAGUUAGGUGUACUGUCCUUAAGAAUAGCUGGGCCACAGUGAAUUAACAUGGAUGGUAAUAAGAGUUCUAUCGUAGGAUGCCUACUGGUGCAACAAAAAUUAGAUUAGACACUAUUAAGAAGGCACCUAAUAGUCAUGUAAGAUGGCAAUUGUAUUAAAGAAAAAAUGGGAAAACAA